GUGUUGCAAAUCACCUAUCUGAGCUCCCUUCAAGUGCUGAGAAACAUUUAAGACCUGGCCCUAGUUUGUUUUGAAAAUUGGGGUUUUCUUUAAAUGACGUCCAAUUUGUUAAACUUGAACGUGGACACGCUGUUCGAGCAGCACAGUGUGUCCGAGAUCGAUGCGAUACACAAGCGGAUCCAGUCACUCGUUGAGAACAAGCGGGAGGAGCUUCGCACUCAUGUUGGGGAGCGAUAUAGGGAUCUACUGCAGGCGGCAGACACCAUUGCCGCCAUGCAAACGUCGGCGGGGACUCUCAUUGAACAGGUUCAGCGGGUGCAGUCGAACUGCCGGAGUCUGAACGAGCAGCAGCUUUUGGGAUUUCAGAGCUCCGCUGCUGAGGACGCAGGAUCGGCCGCUUCAGAGGCAGCCUUGCAGCAAAGGAGCGCGAACCGCAAGCUACAGAACUACUACGGCACCUUGGUGCAAAUUAAACUCCUCACUGCCCUGCCUGAGCUAAUAUGGACGCAUUUGGACAACGAGCGCUUUUAUGCCGCGGCCGAGCUGUUCGUGUUUAGUCGUCACAUCAGCACUGGGCUGCAGCUGGACGGGCAGAGUGCCUUGAUGCAAAAAUUGCCAGUGGCCCGCAAACAAUGGGAAAUACUCAGGCCUUUCCAUGUCACCAUCAAGCAGGCGGUGCUGGCUGCCCUUGAACGAGAGCAAUUGCCUUCCGAACUGGCGGUGGAUUGCCUGCAAAGCCUACUCCUGCUGGAAAAGAGCGACCUGGCAGCCGUGCUGCAGACAUUCAUGAGCCUGCGUUCCGCCGCCUUCUUAAGAUGCCUGGAAAGCAGAUCAUCGGAACCAAGGCGCGUCAAGGAGCGCAUCUUGGCCAGUCUGGGAGUGUUGAACAGCACAGUGGAUCUGCUAGACAAGUGUCUACUCGGUGAUGGUCUUCUCUACUCCCGUUUGGAUGAGUGUGCCGCCUCCACCUAUCCUGCAACCAUCAGUCGUAUGGAUAGCAGCGAACGUCAACUGGCUCAUCUGUUGCCCGACAUAAUAUCUGGGUUUAAGCCCCAAUUCCAAGUGGUUCAGCUAGCCCCAGAGCAACUGGGCGUCUCCCUGCAACAGUGGCUGGACAAAAUGAACGCCCUGGCAGCAAACCUACAGCAGGUCUUCGCACUGGUCAGCAGCAUGCAAAUUAUCCAGGACAUCAAGUCGGAGGCCACGGCAAGUGGACGACCAGACUUUGGCCGGCUGGAGCAACAGCUAAAGUUGAAGCACAGUCAACUGGACUUCUACGCAAGGAAGUACAUGCCCCUGAUCAACGAAAGGGUUCGCGAGAUAAUCCGAGGUAGUUGGGCGGCUGCCAUGAAACAGACGUACGAACAGGUGCUCACACUCAUCGAGAACGGACAGCUCCAGCCACCGCACCAAAUCUGGCAGGAGCAGAGCGAUGAUCUGCCUCUCAGCCUGGCAGCGGCUCUCAGUGACCAACCCAAGCGAUUGGCCAACCGCACAAAGGGUUACGAUAGUUCUACUAUAGACCUGUGCCGGAAAUUCGACGCUCAUCUGGCGGACAUCGUGCAAGAGCUUAAUGUUAUGCUGCAGGAGCAAACAACGCGGGCCGAAGACAAGCUGGCUCUGAUCAAGUUUCUGCGCGAAACGGCCCGGGAGCAGAUCACUGAGUAUUUAAGCAAUCUGAAAAGCCUGCAGUUGCGGGAGCGUCCUGCCCUUCUACUCGCUUUGCGCAACACCCUGGCCCUGGUGGAGUUGUGUCCAAGCUUGAAGCUGUGCUUUUGCCAGCCACCCGCUUGGCGUCAAUGGACUGGAAACCUAACUGGCGUGGGUAUUGAGCACUGGCAACGUAUUUGCGGACUCAUAGAGGAGGAGAUGCUUAGCUUUUGGCUUCUCAUCGUGGAAGAUGUGUUGGCCGGUCAUAGUUGCGAGGACAAACUGCCCAAAAUUAUUAACAACGAAGUGGUUCUAACUGAUUUUGCGCUUUGGCAGUCUCUGACCUUAGAGCAGCGCGACGAGGAGCAGGAACAGAGUGUCCAGUCAACCAUUCGCAUUCCCAGCCAGCCGCGUUUCUCGCUGCAAAUGUAUCUCCAUCAGUUGAUCCAAGCUCUCAAUGAAGCGGUUCCCCAAACCCUGCCGCCAAAAGUGCUCCAAGCUUUCAACCAACGUCUGCUGGGUCAACUGCUUACCCACUAUGAGGGAUUGGCCAGGGCAGACUGUACAAAAUCAAGCCAGAAUAUUGCCCUGCAGCUGUUUUUCGAUCUGAAGUUCCUGGAGCGCGUUUUCGCCAUCACCCGUGAAGAGCGGGCUCUUUACGAUCGAAUCCACGAGCAGCAGAAUCAGUUGCGGGAUUGCAUUGAUCCCUUUGACUUCGAGCUGUUUGCCGAGCACAUCACUUCGCAUGUGUCUCGGGCUACGUCUCGUCUUCAGGGCGAACUGGGAGUGUUGACCCCCGCGGCUUCAAGCCAGGGAGCAUCAGGAAACAGUUCCUUGGCCCACGAAUCUGAUCCGAAUGUGUUGUGUCUUAGUUCUUCAGGGGCCACCUCGCUUUGGUUCCCAUUGCUGCCAAUUGUGAUGCCGCAGGCAAGCGGAGAGAACAAAACCCUGGUCCCAGAACCGAGCGAGAAAAUAGCGACAACGACCCCGACGAGGAAACCCGGGGGUAGUGGGUCCCGCAAAGGAGACUCUGGCAAAUCGAAAUCGGGCGCUUCUUCCUUUUUCGGGAUGUCCCAGGAGUGGUUUCGCUAACGGACUCCAGCCAAGUGGCCUGUGAAGUGCAUCCGAGUGGAAUGGAGGCGGGCUGUAAACUGUUUCCUUGUUUAACCGAACAUUUAAAUGUUGAACGUGUGUCUAAAAACAAAAUAUUGUAAAUUGUAACCGUAGGAGAGUCACAUAUAUUAUAGAUACAUAUUUAUUCCCUGAUACCACAUUAAAUUUCAACUUAAUUCUAAA